UCGGUUGAACACCAACUUACUACUUACUGUGUUAAAAACCUGUCUGGGAAAGGUUUACAGUAUUGUGUGUGUUCUCCGAGUAAAAUUUACUCUUGGAGAGAAGCGGCUGUCAAAUGUUUAGGAUUUAUGGAACACUAUCACUGAAUAAAAUGAAAAUACUUUGUUAUAGGUUGGCGAUGAAAUUUUCAAUUUCUAGAAUGUAAACAGUAAAACCUGCUAUAAAAGUGCCAAUUAUUGUACAUGUUACACAUCAUAGGCAAAAAUGUACGAAGUGCACUACGAAUAAUAUAAUAUAAAAGCAGGGGAAACAACAGCUGAGCAUGCGUCUGGAUUAAUUAUUCAUGUCAUUUUUUGUACAUUUACUACCAGGACACCUUGUUAUAGUUAUACAAUAUAUUUCUAACACCUGCUGAUGUAUGUUUUUUGUUCAGUGUAACAUGACACAUAGGUGCAAUAUUCUGGAUGCGUUCUGGACACAGCAGCGCGACCCGCUCGCUCCUCCGCCGCUCCGCCUCGGCAUGGUGGGCGAUCCGAGCCUCAGCCUCAGCCGCGGUGCUCGGCGCUGGGGGCCUCAGGACGCUUCGUACCUCGCUUGAUAAAACGGGGCUCUGUCUGUGUUGAAUCGCUCGUGUAAAACGUCAGAAAAACGGUUUCUCGGCGGAUCGCAGCGGCUCUGUGGCCCUUUACCAGGCCCAUGGAUCACAGCUGCAGCAGCAGUGGAUCCGGGAUCGCCGGCUCGGUGGUGCAAGUCUCCUUCCCCAGCGUACGCACCGCUGUGCUGGACAGUCUGAAUCGGCAGCGCGAGGAGGGCCGGCUAUGCGAUCUGUCCAUCCAGGUGCAGGGCCAGGUCUUCCGGGCCCAUCGCUGUGUGAUGGCUGCCUCUUCUCCUUACUUCCACGACCAGGUGCUGCUGAAAAAUGUGACGACUGUCUCUCUCCCGUCGGUCAUGGACCCCCUGGUCUUCGAGAGCGUGUUGAGCUCGGCCUAUACGGGCCAUCUGAGCAUCGUGUGCGAUGACAUUGUCAACUACGUGACGGUGGCCAGCUUUCUUCAGAUGUGGCACAUUGUGGACAAAUGCACGGAGAUCCUAAAGAAGCCGAGGGUGGUGGGGGGUGCAACAAACCACAGCAGCAACCCGAACAGCGCCCCCUCCAGGCAACAGUCCCCAAGCAGCACCGAUUGCCUCUACACGGAGCGGGAGCGGGAUAGGGAGCGGCAGCGUGGGGUGGAGCCCAAGGAGAGGGGGCAAGCUGGACCUCCUACCCCAGAGAAAAGAACUCAUGGGCCAGACCAAGGCUCCUUGCCUCCUCUGGCCACCUGGAGACGCCCACAGUUCCCGCGGUGGAGCCGCCCUCGACCAGCAACACAAGCGCUGCCUCCCCCAUCCCUGCCCCCUCAGUCUUCGGCUGACUCUCAGCUCGACCCCAACCAGGGGACAGAGAGUGACUACUCCAGCUGUGAGGAGGUGUGGAUGACCAGCAGUAGCAAAGCAAGCCCUCGCAGUCACGAUGGUGCUAAUCCUUACAGAACUGCCUUUGAACAAGGAAGCAGGGGCGGUACCCACAAUCCCACUGGAUAUGCGAACGAGGCCGGAAGGCUGAGGCCAAGAGUCCGGCCGAAAGGGCUGCAGCCGAAUUGUACAAUGGAGGACUUCCAGAAGCUUGGGGGACGAGCAAGAGAGAGAGGAAGUGUGGAUGGUGGUCAGCAGGGAUUUGAGGAAACAGAUGGAGAACUUCAGGGAAAGAAGAUGGGGGAAAGAGGGACAGAAGCAGAUGAAGGAAUGGGGGAACAGGUGGAGGAAGAAGAGAUGGAGGGAACAGAGAGGGCAGGACAGUCUAGAGAGUACCCAACCAGUGUAUAUCAGGGAGAAGAAGCAGAGCAGGUGGAUGAAGGAGAAGAUCCUGAAGCUGUGCCAAAGGGGGAACGAGAGGUUGAGAAGGAGACCAGUGUUGGGUCUCUUCGGGGUGUAACCGAGGGAGACGUUGAGGCACUGGGACCUGGUUCUUCCUGCCCGGGCCCGGCACUUCCUGCUCGGGUGCAGUGGCAGGCGAAUCCCUGGAUGCAGCAAGGAAGCAGGCCACUGGAAGGAGAGGAAGAAGAGGACGAGGAGGAGGAGGAAGAAGUGGAUUUUGGACGUUUUUCAGAAGGAGGUGGAGUGGCUUUCGGUGGGGAUACCUAUGACGAGAUUGAAGAUGGCACUGGGCAGGUGUCCCAGAGACCAUUAGUCCCUGCAUCCCCAUCUGAUGACAAUGAGUACCAUAUGGGGCCUCCUGAGUUAACGUGGCCUCCUUUGAGCAUUGCCACCCAGAGCCCUGGAGGUGCAGCAGCACCUGGGAGCAGCCGUCACAUCCCUCCGGCCUCUGCUCCUUUCCCACCUUCCUCCUCCCCUCCCAUCCCUUCCUCUUCAUCACUCUCCCUCGCUGGUGCUCCCUACUCAGGGAAGGUCCACUUCUGUCACUGCGGCAAGGCCUACACGUUGAAAAGCAUGCGGGAUCGACACGUCAAAAUGCAGCACCUUAACCUGCGUCCCUUCGCUUGCCCUGUCUGUGCCAAGACCUUCAAGAUGAAGCACCAUCUCACCAAGCAUCUGAAGACCCAUGGUGGCCUGAGGCCUUACGAGUGCAGCCUCUGUGGGAAGAAGGUGAUCUGGAGGGAUAGUUUCCUGCGGCAUCAGGCUCGCUGUGAGAGGCUAGCUGCGGCUGGCAUGCCCCCUACCUACGACAGCAGCACCAGCAACAAUAUGAACAGCACCGACAUGGACGAUACGUAUGGGUACGCCUUCGACGAAGGGGAGGGGUUCCUAUCCGAGUCGGGCCAGGUGAAGGUAGAGGAGUCCGACUUUCAGGGGGAGGCAGAAUCUGCAAUCGGGGGUUUGCUAAGUGGUGUGCCUGGGGAUGGGUUGGAGAUGGGGACCCAGUCAAGGACAUUACUGAGCGGCCAGGAAUUAAAAGAGGAAGAGAGUGAGAGGUACAGCUGAUGGAGAGCUGAAGAAGCAAACUCUCAGGGCUUUAUUCCUGCCAUGUUGUGUUAUAGUCCUCAAAACUUUGCUUUCUCUUUAUUUCUUGCUUUCCUUCAAAAACGUGGAGUAGUAUGUCAUUUACUUGCAUGCGAAUCAUGAUAUCUUGCUCAAGGGUACAACAUCUGGGCUCCAAUUGAACCUGCAGCCUUUUGUCCCAAGCUCACUUCCUCGUGCAGUCAGCUGCUUGUGCGGGUAAAAAGGCAGUUUCACUCUUCACUUCAUUUGCUAGUCUUUGAAUGUAGAAGCAGGCUAUAGGAAGAAAAAACAGAUCAUAUUUUCCAUUUCUUUUAUACUUUGGCUUCUCUUUUUUUUUUUUUUUUUUUGUGGCAAACAGAUCAU